AUGGUUAGACUUUGUUCGCAGCCAUUUUCAGACAGAGAACGAAUGGCGGCUGAAGUCAAACAUUAUCCUUUUGUCCAUCAUCGAAGCCGGCGUUUCCAUGUGAUCCUCCUUCUUAUGAUUGGUUACUUCUCAAUGGCGGUGAUAACAUCAAAUAUAGGAAUCACACUGAGUUGCAUGAUAAAUUCUACUGCGUUGGCGUUGGACGUGAAGGAUAACACAGUUCCAAGCGAUCUGAAUGAUUUAUUGCCCACCAAUGCGACAAAUCAGUGUGCCCGAGUAAAAGCUGGAAAAGUGAACGAUUACGGAGGCUCGUACGAAUGGCCUGUGAAAAUUCAGGGUUUCAUCGUUGGCGCAACAUUUUUAGGAGGGAUGCUGUCUACUUUACCUGGUGGUUUAGCGAUUGACAGAUACAGUAUUCGACACCUGCUAAUGAUUUCGGUGCUUCUACUUUCGGCUGCCAGCUUCCUCGUACCGUUAUUUGCUGCAGAAAUGGGACCUGCUGGAGUUAUACUACUGAGAUUUUUGAUGGGAGUUGGGGAGGGUGUUAUGAUUCCUGGUAUAAAUGGCAUGAUUACUGGUUGGAUUCCACUGCAUGAGAAAAGUACUGCUGCAUCUGUGUUCACCUCAGGAAAUCAACUGGCUGGAAUCCUUGGUAAUCCAAUAGCUGCUGAGCUUUGUGCCAGUGAUCUUCAAUGGCCUGCAGUAUUUUAUUGUUCAGGGCUACUUGGUUUCCUUUGGUGUGUUGUUUGGCACUACACGGUAAACAAUUCCCCAUCCAAUUCUAAAUGGAUAAGCGAUCACGAAUUGGCAUAUCUGGAACAUCAUCUUCCUGAGAAACGUCUUAAACACCAGAAGGUCAUACCUUGGCUUUCAAUGGCAUCGUCCGCUCCGUUGCUGGUGGUAUUUUAUUCAGGCAUCAUAGGUAACAUGAUGAUUGCUAUGAUCCUUGUUUACAUUCCUGUAUACUUCAAAGAUGUACUAAUGUUAGAAGUAAAGCAAAAUGGCUUUUACACGGCUCUUCCACACACGUUCAACUUAAUUUCAAAACUAGUUUGGGGUUUCUCUAUGGACUAUUUCAAACAGAAGAAGUUACUCACCGCUACGCAGACUGUAAAGCUCUCUCAGGUCUUAUCCAUGCUCACACUGUCAAUUUGCUUCUUCGCUCUUGCGUACGGAGUUGACUGUUCCACUCACGGUCUUGCCUUGUUCUUGCUUUCCGUCAUCGGAGCAGCGUUUGGGUUGUCGAUAAGUGGAUUUCUCACCAGUCUUCUUUCUCUUGCACCAAACUUUAUUGGAGUUAUCAGCAGUAUUUCACAAAUAAUCGGUUUCGGAGGUCGUGUUGCAACUCCCCAAAUAAUUACUUACUUUAAAACUGUAGGAACAGCAGAAGAAUGGCGUGGAAUCUUGCUGGUGUAUUCUGCUAUGACUGCGUUGUCUGCUGCAUUGUUCGCCGUAUGGGGUUCAGGAGAAGUGCAGUAUUGGAACUCUCCUCAGCCAAAAUGGUCAGAACUAGGAAGUGUUCCUAUGGAUAACAAAAUUUCCAGCAAUCUUCAUAUUAUGGGUAAAUUAGAGUUCGGGAAAAUGGAAGACGAUGGUGACUUCUUCUUGAUCGAUCUUCUAAAGUACUGCUAG